AACCGGAAACUACUGCGCAUUGUUUCACUUUUUGAUUUCCUCUUUAAUGUUAAAGUCAUAAAUAUUUACUGAUCAUUUGUCUUGAAACGCGACAAAGUGAGAAAGAUGCCAGAGAAGAUUAUCACGUUUUGAGAAGUAAACGUCAAACACAGUUCUGAUGUUGUCUCCUCUGGACCAUUUCACAGUGUCAAAAGAUUGAGGGGGAAACAUGAGCUCUGAUGAAGAUGUGGCAGCGGUAUCCAGACAUUCUUUUUUCAUAGGGAAGAAAGAGAAUAUAAUUCAAGCCAGACGGGUGGUGAAGUCAGUUGGUGAAAGAGAUGUUCUGGUGAUUUACCACAAGGGGGACUUCUAUGCUAUUGACGUGCGCUGCUAUCACUCUGGAGGUCCACUUCAGGAAGGAGAUAUAGAGAAGGACUUUGAUGGACGCACAUGUUUAGUGUGCCCGUGGCAUAAGUAUAAAAUUACAUUAGCUGAAGGUGAGGGUCUCUACCAGGCAGUGGACCCUUCUGUGAAGCCCCUGAAACCAACCUGGUGCUCUAAAGGCAUAAAACAAAGAGUCCACACAGUGACAGUGUCUAAUGAAGAUGUGUUCCUCACCUUAAAUGACUCUCCAGGACCCAUUGACUCUGAUUACUAUCAGACUGAGAAAUAUAGAAACACCUUCCUGAAAGAAGGGCAGAAGAAAACAAAGUGACCUCAGGGGAAGAUAGAUAGGAUAAGUGAGUGUCUCAAGCAUCAGCUGAUCAGCAAACGUGUUCUGCUGAAUUUGUUUUCAUCUGUCUCCGCUGGAAACCUAGUUGAGUUAUAAAGCUGGUCUAGCUGGUUUGAAAGCCAGUCACCAUUUUCCAAAAAUCAGCCUGUCCAUCAAGUUUGUUGGUGGUCCAAGAUGGUUUACUAACUAAUGAUCAUUUUAGACCAACUAAAAACCAGCUAGCAUGUCCCAAAACCAUUUUUGAGCCUUUUACGGUACUUUGUCACAAGUGUUUUUUAAUGGACAAAUCUACUACUUAUGAACUAUUUGAAUCCACCUACAUUUUCAAUGUUUAGACAGACUUUUGUAGAAGUUGACUUGAAAUAUGUAACUUUUUAUUUUAUAAUAAUUUAAUCACUAAAUCAGGCUACUAACGUGAUUUUUGCUCACAAUCUUGUAUCUAAUCCCAUGGAUUUUCUCACUUUUAUUACUCCGAUAUGCAAAUUUAGUAUUUAAUAAAGUGCACAGAAUAAUAAAAUGUAAAAAAAAAAAAAAAAAAAAGUUUUUUUAUAUCAACUUUUAUAACAAGUUGGGCACAUUCAUAUUAACGUUACACGUUAAUGAAAAAGAUUAUAAGUGUUGCUCAUAUCUGUAUACAGUCAUAGGUAAAAUAAUGUUUAUAUUUAAUUAUAUUCCCUGUUUAAAAUAAAGAAUGAACACAA